UGGAAUCAUGAUAUAUAAAAAGGAAGAAACAUUCAUUAACAUGGAAACAUACUAGGAAGAAAAUUUCCAGCUCCAUGUUCUAUAUAGAUCCACAAGCUGUAGGUUGCUGCGCAGUCGGCUGUUGCGCCCUUGCAGCUGGCCAUUAUAUCGCAAACAAUCUAUCUAAGCUACCACAUCCGUCAGAAUGUGGCUGUAUCGGAGGUAUUUAUCGUCUAGUGGGAUUGCAUGACCACGAUUCGCUAGAUAUCAUACUAGAACUGCACGAAGCCGCCGGAUACAUCGAAUCAGGAAAAUACUAUUUCGUUGUUGAAGCCGGCAGAACGUCAUAUCGCUCACUUGAUAUUAUUUCAAAAGAUGGAAAACUUCAAAUUCACGAAAAAAUGAAAGUCCAUGUAAGACAAUGCGAUGACUACAUUACACUCAUGCUUUAUAAACGUCAACUUAUGCGAGAUGUUUUGUGUGCUGAACUCAAACUAUCAGUAGUAAAUGAUCUCAUGGCUGAACGGCUUGCGAAAAGGCGCUGGUUCUCCAUGGUACAUGAUAGCAGGACAUCAACAAAGAUAAUGGUGUCAAUAUAUCAAAUAAGCGAUGAAAUGGCUUCACGCGAUCUUUCACCACUUGCGCUACAGGCAAUCAUCGAGGCACAGCAAGACGGAACGAUGAUGGAAGAAGAUAUCAUCGAGGAGCUUGAAAAUAUGGAUGAUUACGCGAAGUUGCGAUUCUAUUCAAAAGUCAUUUCUGGUCCACUCAAAAAGAUGAAUACAUUCGGGAGCAAAUGGACGAUGUUCUAUUUCAAGCCGUUGGAAAUAUCGAAUGGCAACUGGGAAUGGUGUGCCUGGCAUUCGAGAGAAGAUUAUGAUGCUGGACUAGAAGCCGUGGAGACAUAUCCGUUUCUAUCGAUAAGUGUGGUCGUAGCUGACCCUAGCAAUACGAAUUGCUUCUAUAUCAAGUACCAUAACAACGGCGAGGAUUUCGGCCUUUUGUUCAAAAGGGUGGAUCGGGGGCGGGACGUCUGGUCUGAUUCGCUCUAUGAAUUCAUCCAACGGGUGCGGGACAUUUAUUUCAAGAAUCCUAACAGGGAAAAGUUUAAAAUAUCUCACAAGCGUGUCAAGAGAUCGAAGCACCUGGAGCUCUCUCAGGUCAGUGAGGAGAUCACCGCCGAGAACCGGGAACUUAAGACCAAACUCGCCAUGUUUAGAUGCUUAAGAAGGCCCGUACACGGUUUGCGGGACGAUAACGUGCGGCACGAGCAUGUUAGCACAAUAUUGUGAUACAUGUGCAUCACAUGGUGAGGGGGUCCCAAGAUUCACUCUUUAUUUUCUUUGUUAUUUAGUGACGAAUAAAGAGACGCUAAUAUUAAUCUGCUUUGUAGAUUCUAUAUGC